CGGCCGACAGAAAAUUUGCUGUUUUGAAGACGAUUGCGGACGAAGUUCGAAAUGUUUCCCUUCUUUCCCUCGCUGCAACCUUCGACGACAUACAACUUUUGGUUUUCCGUAAACGAUGCGUACGAUGACGAUACGGAGGUGAGCGCGAUGGAAUCGGAGCACCAGGAAUGGAUGAACCGGGUUGCACUGAUCGGACUGGACCUAACACCCAUCGGUAAAAGCUCCAGCGAACAGAUGGAAAACAUGGAUGAAGAUGAGGAUGCGAACGAUGAAAGUGAUGACACGGAUAAUUCGGACGAGGAUGACGACGAUAUGGAUGACAUGAACGGACGCGAUAACCUUCCGGAUCCCAUCGAUGAGGCGCCAGGAUACGUGGUUGACGAUGAACUUUAAGCGAGAUCUUGGAUUUGGCGACUAAAGUUGCGUGUUUAAUGUUUUGUAUCAAAUCAUUAUUUACGGAAAGUCUCGGUACUUUGAAAUGGGAAAUAUACUACAAUAAUAUUCAAA